GUCCCUGCAAUAUUAAUAAUAAGAAUAACGAUUGGUAGGUGGAGUCAGAUGAGACCCCCCUCUCUCCGCUCUCUCACCAUCGAUAACGCAGUCCUCCAUAUCUAUCACAUCCACGAUCUCUCCUCCAUUCCCGAUCCUCUACUUCUCCAGCUCUUCUUGAAGACAAUAGAGGCUGGAAAGUUAAAUGAGAAGGUGCUCAGUGUCUUUAUGAACGCAGGAAGUGAGUCCAUCAUUGCACUGAUAGAUUCCCUUCAGAUCCCACGAAACUUAUUCAACCCAAUCCUUCCGACCCGUUGCAAGGAGCGGCAGCUGUGACUAACCCAACAACCCCAAGAUCCACAAACCACAAGGACUAGCAGAUAUCAAACCAGGCAGUCAGAGGGACGAAUGGAUGGCUGAGUCUCUCGCUCUCUCUCUCUCUCUCACGUCUCCUAUUUCCCUCUAAUUUAUACUGAGACUGCCAACAGGCCACUAGUACUCUAGGAGUUUGCCAAAAUCCUUCCUAUUCCUACAAUUACAUUACAACCAACCAUUUGUACCAAGAGGAGAGGUAGCAAUGUCCGAUAACUCAAUGAAUCAAGACGAAGUGGAUGUCGUGAUAACAGCAUUAAACCCAAACCUUGGCCCCUUCCUUGAAGAAUGGCGGCCUGUCCUCACCCCAUACCAUCUCAUCAUUGUCA